UUAACACAUUUUUCGCGCAUGCUCUCAUGCAUAUCCAAAAUCAAAACAUACGCGAACGAAUCAGUACUGCGAAAUGUACACAAUUCAUUUUUGGAUUAUGAAAUGUUACGUGUUCUGAAUAUGUAUUCUGUUUUGGCUGUUAUUCUUCUUUCUGUGAUACAUUGUGUAUUUACAUUUAAUGUCGAAGAGUUGAAAUGGAUUAAUUAUGAAGUGGACAUUUUAAAAACUCCGGUAAAAAGAGGAGAUGAACAAAGUCUACCUGUGAUGUAUAUGACUUCUAUGUAUGGCCAAGAAUACCAGUGUAUACUUCCUGAAGUUACUGAAGAUGAAGUUACUGAAAAAGAAACAGACAGUGAGAAAAGUACUGAUAUUCAAGAGCUUUUGAAGCCUAUGAAAACUGGUUCUUGUCUAUUGAAAGGCAAGGAUUGGUGGACUUAUGAAUUUUGCUUUGGACAUUACAUUAAACAGUUUCACAUAGAAGACGGCCAAAUUAUUGGUCAAGUCCUAACAUUAGGCCUUUAUGAGUCUGAUUAUGACUGGGAUAAUGAGACUGAUCAGGUAGAAAAAUUUAAGCAUGCUAAGCAGAGGUACCACACACAAUAUUAUGUAAAUGGUACAAAAUGUGAUCUAACUGGACAGCCUCGUAAUGCUGAAGUGCGAAUUUAUUGUGAAGAAGAUGCUGGAGAUUACAUAUAUCGUGUUGAUGAGCCAGGCACUUGCAGUUAUGUGAUAACUGUUCACACGUCUCGCUUGUGUUCACAUCCAAAACUAAAACCAUUGCCUUCUAAUAAAGCUCAUACCAUUCCAUGCCAUCCUGUAUUAAAUAAAGAACAAUACUCCAGUUAUAUAAUAAAAUUAAAUGAAGAAAAAGCUAUAGCUGAGCAGAAAAGGAACCAGUGGUUAAAUAGCCAACAAGAACGCUUGCAAGUUUUGAAAAAUGGAAAUUCGCAAGACCUAGAAGGUGAAGAAAUUGCUAAAUUACGGGAAUUUAACAGGAUACUUAACCAGGAAUUGAACCCCAAACCUAAAGGAACAGAUAGUGGAUCUGUUAAAGUAGAUUCUCCACUCUCUGAAGACAAAGAUAAAAUAUCCAGAGUUUCAUCUGAUUCAGAAAAAAAAACAAAUGCUAAAUUAUUGAAAGAGGGAAGUGAAAAAUUAAUUCAGAACUUUCUGCUGCAAGACUAUGAUAAAGAUGAUGAUUCGAAGACUAGUGAUUCUGAAAUAAAAGUAAAGACAGUUGAGAUUGAUAAAGGUACUUUAAAGGUGAUAGAAGAUGAGCAAACGCAAUCAGCAGUACUUGAUGAUGAUAAAUUGCAUGUUCGUAUUAGAAGGUUAGAUCGAAAGUCACCAGAUUCCAGCGGUAAACUUUAUGAAAUGGAUUUUGUGCAGCGUAAAAAAUUAGAACAAGCAGUGAAAGAAAAAUUAGAAAAAGCUGGACUAGAUACUGGAGUCUGGAAAACUCUUCUAGGUCGAAGAAUUGAAGUGAAAAUAAUUACAGCUGGCUACUAUGACAAUGAAGAUGGGAAAGAUUUCCAUUCUUUAUCUGAUGAAGAAACUAAUCAAUUCCAAAAUAUGAUCAUGGCAUUGUUGACUGGACAGCAAGAGGCAGUUCAAGAAAUGGAAAGGCAUAAAAAACUGGAGGAAAAUUAUAAAUUUAUUUGGAAAGAUGAGAAAAAAGAUGAUUGAUAAUUUAUGUAUAUAAAUUAUAAAUUUAUUGUAAUAAAGUUAAUAUUUAUUAAACUCUUUUUCUUCCCUUUU